UCAGGGCUGGCCUACUGUCGUCACCUGUCCACCGUGCGGACUCACCUGUCAGCUCUGGUCAACCACAACAUCGUCGCUCCAGACAGACCCUGCGAGGCGUCCGGGGGCCUCAGCAAGGAGGUGUGGAGCAAGUACCAGAAAGACUGCAAGAACUAUAAGGAGCUGGAGCUGCUUAGGCUGGUUUAUUAUGGCGGCGUGCAGCAUGACAUCAGGAAGGAGGUGUGGCCUUUCCUGCUGGGACACUAUAAGUUUGGGAUGGGCAAAAAGGACACGAGCCAGAUUGACGCAAAGAUCAGCGAGCGCUACCAGCAGGUGAUGCGUGAGUGGAAGGCCUGCGAGGUGAUCGUCAAGCAGAGGGAGAAGGAGAUGCAGUCGGCCAUCUUUGCCAAGCUGUCGUCGGGCAGCAGCAUCGACAGCCACGUCCUGCGACUCGUCCACAGAGACUCCACGCUCAGCAACGAGGUGUUCAUGUCUGUGGAUGAGCCGGAUGCAGGGAGCCAGGAGACCCCCAACGGAGAGGACGGCACCCCCACCAUGACCGCCCUGGUUCCCCCCGCAGCCCAGCCUCCGGAGGAGCGCCCUCUGGUGGAGUUCGACUCCCCCGACUCGGGUCUCCCCUCCUCCAGGAACUACUCGGUGACCUCUGCUCAUUCCCAGAUCCUGUCCAGCAUCGACGACGGUCAGAGCACGGAGGAGGAAGGGGGGGCCGGGGAGGAGGGCAGGACUUCAGGUGUGCUGGGGGGCUGCAUGGGUCCUCUCACUGAGGACAGGCUGUGCAGUCAGCUGGACAAACUGGUGACCAGCGGAGCAGCUACAGAGGCGAUAUCGCCGUCGCUCUCCUCAUAUACGAUCGAGCUGCUGGACACGGUCGCCCUCAACCUCCACAGGAUAGACAAAGACGUGCAGCGCUGCGACCGCAACUAUUACUACUUCACCACGGCCAACCUGGAGAAGCUACGCAACAUCAUGUGCAGCUAUGUGUGGGAGCAUUUAGAGAUCGGCUACGUUCAGGGCAUGUGUGACCUGCUCGCUCCGCUCAUGGUCAUCCUGGAUGACGAGUGUUUGGCCUACAGCUGCUUCACUCAGCUCAUGAAGAGGAUGAAUCAGAACUUCCCUAAUGGUCGAGCCAUGGACACGCACUUUGCCAACAUGAGGUCACUGAUCCAGGUGACCGAUCACUCUUACUGUGUGUCUGUGUGUGUGUGUGUCUGUCUGUCUGUGUGUCUGUCUGUCUGUCUGUCUGUCU